AUGGAGAGUGUUCAUAAAACGGACACAAAGUCCCCCAGCGACUCAGUAUCUACUCCUAAGGAGAGAGAAAAGACGAAAGGAAUUGUUGUGCUUGGUAUCGGGUUGAUCUGUAGUUUUAUUCUAGCUAUCUUUGAAUAUUACACCAAAAACAAACUGUUUCCCUACUUGCCAUGCGGUAUCUUUGUUUUAGCCUUAGUGGUAUCAAUUAUUAUGAACUUGGUUUGGUCGAAUAGCAAUCUUAUCUCUAGACUUAUUGCUUUUGUUGCCUCUCUCGCAUUCGUCAACUGUAUUGUCCUUGUCUACUACAAAAGCAUUGGGAUGGAAAUCAUAGUUUCAACUUUCUUAAUUGUGUGUCUUUACUCGGUCAUUCUUAACUUUAUCUUCUCCUAUGCGCUUGACGGACUUAAUGAGGCGCCUGAGGUCUUGGCCAUCCAGGAAACUUUCCUUUGUUUUCUGGUUACUCUUAUUCCUUCGGCCUUGCUCAUUGUGAUUUCGCUCUUCUUCAAGUUCACGAUUCGCGAGGAAAUAUCAUUCUCGGCUAUGGCGGUUUCCUUUGCGGUCACCAGUAUUUAUGCCAUCCAUACAUGCCUCAACGAUAGUAUCUUUAAAGAGUCCCGAAGUUUCGGCCAAAGAUGUCUUUUUGGUCUGUCACUAACCUUGGUUCUUCUUACAACCAUUCUUAUUGGCCUAGCCCGCGCUCUCUCUCGACAAGGAUCUAUCUUUUGGCAACUGUUGUGUGUUCUGCCCUUUGUCCUUGCUUACUUGUUAAUCACUGCCGCCUUAUGGGUUUCCUUUGGUAUUAGCAUUACCAAGUACACCACCAAACUCGAGCAGCUCAAAGUCCUUAUCCAGGCCAAAGGGCCUUUUUACCACAAGGUAUGUUUAUUCGCUAGUCUCAUUACUCUGGGUGUUGGUGUUCUUCUUUUGAUUUUCGCCCAUCGCAAACAGGACUCCCGUGCUGAUCCCAUGUUUAUCUUCAAAAUCAUUCGACCCACCACGCUUGAGCUAAACGAAGAGGUAAUUAAUCAUAUUAUAAAUGCCACUAUCAUCAAUGACCUUAUUAAAAACCCCCCUGAAGCUAACGACUCAAACCCAAGUAUCAAUACUCCACCACCCAGCUCAGAUACUACCACUACUCCUCCACCACCCAGUUCAGAUACUACUACUCCUCCACCACCCAGUUCAGAUACUACCAAGCCUCCUCCGUCAGCUACCCCAGAUACUACCACUACUCCUCCACCAGCUAGCUCAGAUACUACCACUACUCCUCCUCCACCUGGCCCAACCACUACCACCACAACCACCACUAAUCCUCCAACACCUACGCCAUCUACCACUACCGCAACCACUUAA